AUGCCGGAAGUGAGCGAGUGUCAGAUACGGUUCGAUAAUAAUCCAUGCGGGGUUUACUUCCCCGGUCAAUCACUGGCCGGGUACGUAGAGCUGCGCGUACUGGAGACAUUUAAAGUUAAAGGUGUCAGUUUGCAAAUCAAAGGAUUCGCCGAGGUAAAAUGGACGGAAAACACCGGCACCGGAAAGUCCCGCCGAACGGUACACUACCACGGGCGGCAGGAUUACAUCAACACCGUCACGUAUCUGCAGGGUUCACCGGAGGGCAACCCGUAUGAUAUUGCGCCCGGUACGCACACGUACCGGUUCGGUUGCGCACUGCCCCACAAUCUGCCCACCUCCUUCGAGGGCCAGCACGGCCACAUACGGUACACCGUCCGGGUGGUGCUACAUCGACCCUGGAAGGUGGACCCGACGUAUAAGGUCGGCUUUACCGUGCUACGCCACGUGAAUCUUAACGAGAGCCCGAUGACGCUCGGCAUGCCGUGCAAGCUCGAGAUCCAGAAGGUGUUCUGCUGCGGACCGUGCGCCUCCGAGCCGUUGUACAUAUCGGCACAAACCCCGAUCACCGGGUACGUGCCUGGCCAAACGAUAGCGGUGCGUAUCGAAGCUUCGAACAAGAGCAAAAAGCGUGUCAACGAGUUCAGCACCAAGUUGGUGAAGAAUGUGUGCUACAUCAGCCAGACGCCGUACAGCCGCGUAAAACUGGUCCCAGAAAUUGUGGCCGAAGUUCGCUGCUCGGGGUUGGCUGCAGGUGAGCAGGGAACUUUCGACCAGUUCCUCGCCAUACCGGCCCUUCCAUCCACCAGCGCUCAGUGUCAGGUGCUGACCUUGGGCUACGAGGUAGAGGUAGAAGGGAAGAUACCGGGGCCGAACAUAAAUCCUCGCAUACGCAUUCCCGUAACGUUGGGGACGAUUCCGUUAGCAGCGCACGCGAUUCCUAGGAUCUCUGGCGAAGACGGACGGCUACAGGCGAUCCCGGUUCCAGCAGUUCCCGAACCAACGGCUCCACCGGUUCCAUACGACGAAAUGAAACCCAACAUUUCGCAAGUCCUUCCAGCGGAUCAAUUGCCACCACCCUCGUACGAGGAAGCAGUUGGCUCAACCCCGGCCAAUAUUCUGGAAGAGGGUGAAGAAAACACGGGCAGUAACAAUUUCACCCCCCAGUAUAUGGUUUAUCGGUUCAACAAUGAGUCAUCGGCCAGCGGUGGAACGUGA